AGAAAUGACUGCUUCCCAAGAUUACCAGGUUACCAACUGGAGGGACCCCGAACUCAUGUUUGGAGAAGAGUAUCAGCCUUUUGAUCUUGUUAGAGAUCUAAACGAUGAUGCUGAGUUAGAUAGAGACUUCGCUGAAGAAUCUUAUGAGCAAAUUAUUGAAGCUCCAGAGGUUCAGCAACAAAUGGAGAAUCCUAUCAUGGAAGACGAAGUGAAAGAGUUUGUCACUCUUGAAGCCCCACUUAAUUUAACAACAAAUGUCUCUGAGGAUGAUCAGAGCCAAGGAUGCUUAAAUGAAGCUGUGCUUAACACUGAAGACCCCGCCCAAACGCUCCCAGUAAACAGUGACUUGAUUAUGAUCAAGCAUAUUGAUGAAGACGGUCCUAUUAUCUUCGUGACGAAGAAGAGGCAUGAAAGGAUAUUAAAACAAAGAGUGAAGAGACUUGCCUUCCUCAAACUGAUGCCCGAAUAUGGCCUUCCCUACAAGAACAGGGAGAAGAAAAUCAAGUACAAAACACGUUCUAAAAUGGCAAAGGAUAGGAAGAGGAACUCAUUAGGAAAGUUCUCAAACCUCAAGAAAAAGAAGCAAGUAGUGUCAUUCGAGAUUGACGCUAGCGAUAUUUUCGAGAACACUAACCGGAGAAGAAAGGCAAAGCCUUAGCUUGAUAGGAUUACAAUGUUUUCCUAUCAGCAAAAGCAAGGAUUUGCUAGGCUUAGACCUAGUUAAAUUCUCUACAAGUUACUUAAAAGAUCAAAUUGCUGAUCGAAUUCAUUCUCAUAAUAUUUUA